GGGAAAAAUCAAAGGGAUCAAUGCAAAUGCGUUCCCUUUCAAUUUUCACUUCAAUAUUUUUGUUCUUCGCCAUCGUUUUUCAUUCAUGUUUAGCCAUCAACGAUGAUUCAUUGAUAAAAAGGGAGACGUUAGACAUUAUCAUCGGCGGUGGGGAAGCUCCGUCGCCAGAUGAUGAGCCACCACCAUGCAAGCACUUCGAAAAUGAGAACGGGUGCUUCGAAAAUGCACGGUUAGCGAAAGCAUACGAAGUGAUCCAACUGUUCAAGACUAAGAUCAAAGUUGAUAAGAACAGCAACCGAUACUUGAAAACGUGGUGCGGAACCGAUGUUUGCAAGUACAGAGGGUUCAGGUGUGACAUACGUCCAGAUGUGAAGGAAAAAGCCGUCGCGGCCGUCGAUUUUAACGGUUUUAAAUUCGAAGGCUGCGACGGUAGCCUUCCGCUCGAUGGGUUCCUCGACGAGUUGGACGAUCUAGCCAUAUUCCAUGCUAACUCGAAUAACUUUACCGGCACGGUUCCGCUUCGAGCGUCGAAGAUCAAGUAUUUAUACGAGCUCGAUCUCAGCAACAACAAGAUUGCCGGAAAUUUUCCGAUGAAAACCGUCGGCGGGAUGAACUUAACGUUCCUCGACUUGAGAUUCAACUCCCUCCGCGGCUCCGUUCCGCCGCAAGCGUUCAACUUAAACCUCGACGUGUUCUUCAUCAACAACAACCGGUUCGCCGUGCAAAGUCUCCCGACGAACAUCGGCGACACGACGGCGGUCUACCUAACAUUCGCUAACAACAACUUCACCGGCUCGAUCCCACCAAGCAUAGGCAGAGCUCGGAACCUCCUCGAAGUUCUUUUCCUCAACAACCAACUCACCGGAUGUUUACCGUACGAGAUCGGAAACCUGAGUCAAGCCACCGUGUUCGACGCUAGCUCGAACAAACUCACCGGGCCGAUACCGCUCUCGUUCGGGUGCAUGAAAAAGAUUCAGAUUCUCGGCUUGGCGAACAACCAAUUCUACGGCGAAGUGCCGGAGAUUAUUUGUGAGCUUCCGAUGAUUGCAAACUUGUCUUUGGCCAACAACUAUUUCACUUCCAUCGGACCUGCUUGCCGCCGUUUGAUGUUGAAGAAGAAGCUCGACGUUAAGAAAAACUGUAUCUUUGACCUCCCGAAUCAACGAUCGGAGGCCGAGUGUGCUGCGUUUCUGUGGAAGAAGAAGGCUUGCAAUAGGAUGGAGACGUUUCACUUGGUUCCUUGUGAAAAACAUAGUUAUUAUUCGGAAAAUUCCGGUGAUGGUGAUCGGUCGGCGGCGGCGGCGGAUCCGGCGACUAGAACUUAUAGUACUCUCAGUCCUCAUCAUCGGUUGUGAUUUAUAUAUUUUUCAUUGGUUUUUUUAGAUGAUAA